CCUCCGUCGCCAUUUUGGCUCAAGCUAUUGUGGCCCCAUUUGGCUGCAGGGCGUAGUGCAUACUGAAUUUUGUACACGUACAUCUGCAGCCUCAGUGUUGCCCGUGCUCUAACACUCCGACAUGGGGGUGGUGGCGGCGCCGCUCUGCGCUUUGCUUGCAGCGGUGGUUUCUGGAUUGUCGCAAGUUCCACAAUCAUCUCCACGUGCCAUGGAACUGAGCGCAACCGUAAACAACAAGCCGUUUUACAAAGCAGCCGAGGAUGGACACAUGUCAAAAGAGGAUGCCGAGAGGCUGCUGGGCGGAAUCCGAAACGCCAGCAAGAAGACAGGCACGUUCUUUGUGACCGUGCUGGAUGGCGGCAUGGUGAGCAUAGGCGAAAACAUGAUCCUUAGCUUGAAUGCCGUGCCGUGCGAUACCCCUGUUCUUGUUGUUGGCUUAGGUGGCAACGUGUGCUCGAGAUUCCUGGAGCCCGGUGGACUUAUCUGCGUCGAGGUCUUCAGAGAGUCAGCCACUUCUGAGGACGAAGUGGCCUGGGGGUCGCACGAAUAUUGGGCGGUAGUUUUCCGCAAGCAUGUAGUGUUGACCCUGGUUGCCAUGAGCAAGACGGCGAGAUGGGCUGCGUACACCGAUCCAGACAUUGUCUAUCUGAACUGCCCGACGGACUACCUGAUCAAUGUCUCCACUGGGAAGGCCCAGACCAUAUCUGGAACAUUCGACGAGUAUGACAUCGUCUUCUCACCGAAUAACAUGCUGUCUAAAGAGGCCACGACUGUAGACGACGUAGCAGAGACAUACGCGACACGCGGCAUGAAGGAUAUCUUGGUCGGUCCUGAAAAGCGCCGUGCCGACAUCAACACAGGCCUUUUUGUGAUGCGCAUGUCGCCCAUGGUGGAGGACCUGAUGUUAACGACCAUGCGAAUCUUCAAGGACCAGGAGUUUGUGCACGGCCACUACCAGCAGUACUCCCUGGUCCAGGCGCUGGACCAGCUGCCAGGUGUCCGCGUCGGCGUCGCGGGGAGCGACCGGCUCACGAACGGCAACGUCUUCUGGGGCCACCGCGAGCUGCUCAAGGCGUCGGACGUGAUCUCCGUGCACGCCAACUGGAUGACGUCCACGAUGAAGGUCCCGUGCCUGAAGGAGGCGGGCCUCUGGAUCGACAAGGGCGCCCCGAAGAGGCUCACGUUCCAGCCGCCGACGCCCGGCCGGCCAGAGGGCAUGCUGGACUCCAGGGGCGCCACGAUCGAGAUCUGCGGCGCCGACGCCGUGGCGGCCGCGCCUGCCUCCCAGCCCAACCCGCCGAGGCCGGCGCCCCAACAGGAGGGGGAGGGGCCCACCAGGCCGACUGAGCCAGGGUGUUACGUCUGGCUGCCCAGCGGAUGUCCGAACCACAAGUUCAACGCCAAGGACUUCUGGCGCAAGAGGGAGGACGCCAACGUCCGCAGCCAGUGCCUAGUCGACGUGAAGGAGAUGCUGGACGCGUGGUGCGGCUCCACAGACGCCCAGAUGUUGUUCAUCGCCCCCCCGCCGCCUACCCCGCCAGCCCCGAAGGGCCACGGGUGCUACAUCUACAUGCCGAGUGGUUGCGAGAAGCGCAUGUUCAAGUCGCCGAUCUGGAGGGAGCUCUCCUCGGCUACCUAUCCCAACAGAGACACGUGCCAGGGGACGGCUGCCGCCGCGCACGACAGGUGGUGCGACGUGGACGAUGCCAUGGCCCUGUGGGUGGAGUAGGGCACCGCUUGCGCCUGUUCAUUACCUAUGAUCAGCUGCUUGAGCUGACAGUGUUUAAUUCG